AUUAAGCUGGAUAAUCUCCCUCCAUCAUCCGUCAUUCGUCAGUGUUGAUCGGUGUGUAUGUAGAUGUGGAUAAACAAUAAAUAAAAUUACGCAAAAUGCCGUUUAUGAUAGGCAAAGAGCCCGUGCGGCGAACAUUGAAAUACCUAAUGUCCGGUCAGUUGGUAUUAAAGAAUAAGAUACAGAUAUUAUCUAUUAAUUAUAAUACACAUAGUGAUCAUCAUAAGGGCGCAAGAGAUUUUAUAUUUUGGCAUUUACCACAGCUGCAAUACAAAAAUCCGACCGUGCAGAUAGUUACUUUUAAAAACAUGACACCAUCGCCAUUCAUAAAAUGCUACUAUGAAGAUGGAAAAGCAAUGUUAAUAGAUAUAGAUAGUAAAUCAAAGGACGAGAUACUUCAGCAUCUUAUAAGAGUAGUAGGAAAACCAAAAUCGACAUUAAAACAGGAAUCUAUAAUGAAGGGAAAAAAGGAUAAUCCAGCGAAUUUCGGAGUAGGUUGCGAAAAAAGCUGUAUAUGUCAUAUCCCGGGACAAUUGCCAUGUCCUGGUAUAGUACCUUUACCAGAUCAUAUGCGUGGAAAGAUUAUAAUAGAAAGAUUACAGAAUAAAGAAUAGAUAAGCUGUCUGAUGUUAAAAAUUCUUGUUAUAAUUGUUUUAUAAUUGCACAUAUGUAUUAUAUACAUAGAGUUUAUGUGUAUACAUGGUCAUUAUUUAUUCAAAAACAUGUGGAUAGCGAAAAUAAUUUGCCCAUCUCAUAUACUUUGUUACAAAGCAUCUCACAUGUGUUUAUUAUAAAAAAGAUUUUCAUAUAUUAUGAAAAUACAUCAAUGCUAAGCAUUAUAUUAUCGAAGACUUGAAAUAUUUGUAGCUGUAAUGUUUCUUAUAUUUGCUUGUUUAUAGGAAUCAAUAUUUGCCUAUUCUAGAAAUUUAGGAAUCAUUACAUUGUUUAUAAAUAUAUGUAUGAGCAUUGCACAACAGACAAAAUGUAUAUAAAAUCUUUUAAUAUAGCAAGGAAUAUAAAAUUUUUAAAACAAUAU